ACCAAACUUGCACGCCCAUAGACACAUGUGCUGACUGCCCUGACAACCUUCGACAACCAACAAGAACCUUCGUGAAAAUGGCGCACAACAUGUUAUUGAUACUCUUUGGCGCUCUGCUCGUGCUGUCAGUGGGUGUUGGAGCGAAACGCGGAUGCUCUGCUUUCGGCCACUCCUGCUUCGGAGGACACGGCAAGAGAUCCAGCGAUAAUUCAAUUAUGGAUGGCUCCAACACCGGUCUGCUUGAACGUCGCCAGUUGGGACAGGAGGAGACGCCGCCACACCCCGGUUACCCGCGCUCCGGCUACAGCGGUCUGUUACCCGCUGGUGAUGAUAUCAUUCCUAUCAGAGCUGGAGGUGCGUAUGAAAGAGAUGACAACAACUUUGCCCGCGAUGUCGUCAAGUACAAGUUGAGGAACAUUGUAAAAAAUUGGAUGGAGAACUACAGACGAUCACAAAGCAAUGACGACGGAUACUACAUCGAGACCCUGUAAAUGCCAGAACUCUAUGCCUCUGUCACUCUUGAGUGUG